AAUAUUAUUGCCAAAUAAUAUGUUUUAUGUCAUCAUUGUAUCGUUAAUUCUAUUUUUAGAAAUUCUAAUUUAAAUUCCGGUUUUUAUUGGUUAUUUUUAGCUAAUUUGUCCAUCAUGUAUCUAUUUAUAAAUGCCUGUGCUUGUACCUUGUCAUUAGCCAAUGAAAUGAGAGUAUUUCGAUCACGUGUAUAUAACUUUUGUUUUAAACUCAAGUGUGAGAAAGACGUGUUUCCGUAAUCUAAGAUAUUGAUGGCUUUGUAAAGUUUAAAUUCACGGCCAUGUACUUUCCGAUAGUUUGAGAAGUAUUGGACGCGGGAGGAUUUGCUUUGGAACUUUGUUAUUUAGUUAAAAAAAACCAUGCCUAAGCGGGCUUUAGAGGGGCGGUCAACAAAAAGGAGGCGACCGGCAAAAGUACCACGAAAUGAUGACUUAAGUCUUCAAGCAGAACCAGUGUCUGAUGAACCAGUGGCUCGUGCAGAACCAGUGUCGAGUGAUGCUAUUGAUUACGACUUAUUAGCUGCAGCAAUCUUAAGACAAUCCCAAACUUUGUCCCAAAACCAGACAAAUUCGAGUGAUACCACCAUGGAUAUCCUGCAGCCAUGUGUUCAAAACCAGGGUGAUAUCGAAGCCCACGCUCAUCCAAUGGCAAGUCAGCAAACAACAACAUCAACAGUUAGUGACAACCAGCCUCAGCAAAAUAUUGCAGACUUAGUUAGUGCGUUAUUACAACAAGACGGUCAAGGAAGCUUUUCAAGAAACACCUCAUUUACACAGACAACAAACAAAAAUCCCAGUGGAUCUUCUUUACAUUUGACAAACUCUGCAAAAAGAAUUCUACAGGCUUCCUUAGCCCCUGCAACAAGGAAAGCAUAUCUUCAUUCAUGGCAUAUUUUCCUUGAAUGGGUAGGCUCCAUAUCCUUACCUGUACAUUACAUUACAAUAUGUAAUUUUAUAGGUCAUUUAUUCGAAAUUGGUUAUUCACCAAGCUCAAUAGCAUCCCACAUUUCGGCUUUAACAUAUAUUCAUAAGAUGUUAAAAUUGCCAGAUCCCGCUCAGUGUUUCCUAGUACAAAAGCUGCUAAGAGGUUGUUACAAAUUAGGUCCAUCGGUAGAUACCCGUCUUCCAAUUACAGGUGAAAUUUUGAAAAAACUUGUGAAUUCACUAGAUCAAUCUGUCUCAACUAGGGCACAUUCAUUGUUACUUAAGGCAUUGUUUUUGAUGGCAUUUCAUGGUUUUUUCAGGUUAGGGGAAUUGGUUAUAAAAUCAAAGACUCAGUCAGAUAAGGUCAUUCAGAGAUCAGAUGUCCAUUUUGAGACAGCUCAUGGAAAGCUAAAGCAGGUGCAAGUGGUGUUGAAACAUUUUAAAACAGUCAGUUAUGGACAGCCAAAGAUUAUUACAUUAGAAGUAUCAAAAAACACUAAGUCAUGUCCAGUACAUGCAUUGUUUUACUAUUUAAAACAUUAUCGCCAUUCUGGUGGCCCCCUUUUCCAGUUUUUAGAUGGUUGUCCGGUGCCUUAUUCCUUUGUGGCAAAAAAGUUAAAUGAAGUGAUCAAAAAUAUUGGUUUGGAUCCAAAACAUUAUAAGGGUCACAGCUUCAGAAUUGGUGCUGCAACUCAUGCAUCUAAGGUUGGUUUCUCGGAAAAUGCGAUUCAGAAUAUGGGUAGAUAGAAGUCUGAUGCUGUUAAACGAUACAUUCGGUUGGGUUCAUUUAAUGUUGCACUUGACUAAGAAAAUUAAUCUAUAUCAUUCCUGGGUAUAAGUUUUUAUCAGCAAGAUAACGUUAUAUAACUAGUUCAGAUGAUGUCUGCUAUAGAUCUGUUCUGUUGUUUGCCUGUGAGUGAUUUUUAUUACUACCUCUUCAAAGUGGUAGGAUUGUUUGGAGUUCAGAUCAAGUCUGCUACCAUAAUUAUGAUAUAUACAACUUACAUUGAUAGUAGUUCAGAUCAGGUCUGCUACUAUGUCUGUCAUCUUGGAAUUAGAUCAUGGCAUUUACUUUUCCCCACUGCUUUCAUUGUUCUAGAUUAGAUAUGUUAGUGUACCCCCCCCCCCUUUUUCUUUUUGUUGCAAGUAGUUCAGAUAAAAUGUCUGCUACAACCCUGUCCUUAGAAAACAUAGUUUUGUUUUUUAGUAUUGUAUUUUAGUGUUUGUAUUAAUAGGGUAUGUUGCUGGCCAUCCGUCAAAAUCAGUUAAUCAUAUUUCAUAUAUAUUCUGUCAUAUCAAAAAUGUCAAUUAUUAUAAUUACAUCUUCAGUAGGCCAUACUAUUACACAUUGUUCUAAGUUUUACUAAAACAAUGUAUAAUAUAGUUAUUAAAGUCUCCAGUUCCAUCUAUUUCCUUUGGGUGGCGGGAAUCCAAUGGGUAUUGGAUUUAUGGCAGAACUUUGUAUAUGCCACCUUAAUUUUUUACAUGUUUAUAUUAAGGGAGAUCACCCUGCCAUUGUUGUUUACUAUUUUUGGUUAUAUUUUACCGGGUGAUCUCAAUAUUUGUUCAGGUGUUUUUUAACUAAUAAGGGAGAUCCCACAGUACCUGUUACAUAAGUCAUUUUAAUAAGUUUAAGUAUUGACUUUGUCAGGGAUCUCCCUGUUUGUGAUGUGGGUUAUUUGUACAAGCUUUGAUUCGUCAUUAAUAAAUGACAUUAUUUCGUCAAUGACCAUUUAGUUGUUUUUUAAGGUAAAAAAUUAACAAG